AUGGCCUCGGACCAGAAACAUUCGAUCGAUGAUCAAUACCCCGACCAUCUCGUAACCUUUGACGGCCCAGAUGAUCCUUACAACCCAAUGAACUGGCCCUUCCGCAAGAAGUUCAUCACCACCAUCUCUUAUGGUCUCACCACUUGCUGGAUCACUUUAGCUUCUGCCUUCUUCGCUGCUGCCAUUGAACCUGUUUCUGCAGAGUUUAACGUCAAUACUGAAACAUCUGCUGCAGCGACGAGUUUGCUUGUUUUUGGAUUCGGUCUUGGGCCUUUAGUUUGGGGACCGCUGCGUGAGCUUUAUGGUCGGAAGUGGCUUAUUCUAAUCCCGUACUUCAUCGCCGCCGUAUUCUCGUUUGGCACAGCCACAGCAAAAGAUAUCCAAACCGUCCUCAUCACGCGUUUCUUCUCGGGGCUCUUUGGCAGUGCGCCUGUUACGAUUACCGGAGGUGUUAUGGCGGAUAUAUGGGCCUCUCACCAACUGGGUAAUGCGAUUGUCGCUUACGGAGUUACUAUAGUCGGAGGUCCGACACUCGGUCCGAUAAUUGGUGGAGCGCUGUGCUCGAGCAGCCUGGGCUGGAGGUGGACUGAGUACCUGACUGGUAUUGUGAUGAUGGCUCAGCUUGCCGUCGAUGUAUUGGUGAUUGAUGAGAGUUAUGCGCCGAUUUUGUUGUCGAGGAAGGCUCAUAAGCUGAGACUCCACACGCAAGAUUGGGCACUGCAUGCCAAGCAUGAGGAAUGGGACGUGUCUUUCAAAGAGUUAUACCAGAAGUACUUCAUCCGUCCUUUCCAAAUGAUGGCAACGCCAAUCUGUUUUCUCAUGUCGCUAUACGCCUCAUUCGUCUAUGGAAUUCUCUAUGCAAACCUCGAAAGCUUUUCCAUCGAGUACCAGGAGGUGCGCCAGUGGGGACCAGUGGUUGGUACGCUUCCCUUCAUCGCUCUCUUGAUCGGCAUCCUUUGCGCAGCAGCGGUCAAUGUUUAUAACAACAAAUACUAUCGUAGGAGACUUAUGGACAACGGAUACAAAGCUGUUCCAGAAGCUCGACUACCGCCGAUGAUGCUUGGAGGUAUCGUCUUCACAGCCGGACAGUUCCUCUUUGCAUGGACUUCAUCUCCCACCAUAAAUUAUUGGCCGUCAAUCAUCGGCAUCGCUUUGACUGGCCUUGGCUUCACAACUAUCUUCCAGUCUGCAUUAGGCUACCUCAUCGACACGUUUACUCGCUACAGCGCAAGUGCGAUUGCAGCCAAUACCUUUAUGCGAUCCAUGUUCUCCGGCGCGUUUCCUUUGUUCAUCAUCCCUAUGUACCUCAAACUUGGAGUGGACUGGGGAACAAACGUCUUUGGUUGUAUCGCUGCGGCGUUGAUCCCUGUUCCCUAUUUGUUCUUUGUUUGGGGGAAGAGGAUCCGAGGUAGGGGCAAAUGGAGCAAGGACAGCGUUUAG